CGUGAGACUGAAAUCAUUCCUCCCUCUCACUGGACUCGUUUUCAUGCUGUUUAGAAAGGAAACAUGUCUGGAAGAAAAGGCAAUAACUUUCAGCUUGUUGCCCCUGAAAAAGUUGAAAGAGUUAAGAUUAACCCGGGAUCUGCUCUUAUUGUGUCGUGCCACUUGUCUCCUGCAAUCAGUGCUGCUGACAUGGAGAUUAACUGGUAUAACAAGACAGCAUGUGUUUGCACAUAUAAGAAACGAAAAAUAACACAGGGAGUUGGCUAUGAGGGAAGAGCCAAUCUGUUCAUCCAUGACCUGGUGAGAGGCAACGUGUCCUUACGAGUGGCAAACUUUACAGAGUCUGAUCUGGGAGUUUACAUGUGCCAGGUCACCAGUCAAAAUAAAACACAGCAGAUAACAGUCAAUGUAGCAGAAGAAGUAGCUGCCAUUUCUAAUGACCAGCUCUUAUUCACAGUGGAUUACACACUGAAAAAAACAAGUGAUGGCCAAUCUGGAGAUUCACAAAAUAAUAUCCUUAAGGGAGAGGCAAGCUACAACUUAUCAGUCCAGUCUACAUUUCACAGUGCUUCAGGGAGAGAACAGCACAAGGAUAACAGGAUGGAAACUGGAAGUAAAAGUACCUUUCAGCUGGUUGUUCCCAGCACAGCAGAAGCUGAGGUUUCUUUGGGAUCUGAUUUGGUUAUUCCUUGUCAACUGUCUCCUGAAAUCAGUGCUGUGGACAUGGAGAUCAGCUGGUCUAAAGAUGCAGACUGUGUUUGCUUGUAUAAAGACAGGAAGAUCACAGAAGGGGUUUGGUUCAAGGACAGAGUGAGUCUGUUCUUCACUCACAAACUUAAAAAAGGAGACGUGUCCUUGAGACUGAAAAACUUCAGACAGUCAGAUAUUGGAAAUUACCACUGCCAGGUCAUCAAUGCAGACAGAAAAGAAGAGAUAACAAUAAGAGUGAGAGUGAAUCCUGGCAUCCAACCAGUGAAUCUGUCUCCAGUUCAUCAAUAUGUCCCAUCAACGCUACAUGAGGUCAAAAAUACAAGAGAAGCAAACGACAGAUUAUCAAGGCAUCCUUCACAUCAUAAUGAUUCAGAUAAGAAACAGUAUGAUAAUUGGAGUGAAAGCGUCUCAAGCAAUGAUUUUGAACUUGUUAUUCCCCAGACAACUAAAGAAGCAAAGGUUUCUCUGGGCUCUGAAUUGACUAUUCCUUGUUACUCGUCUCCUGAAAUCUGUGCCACUGCCAUGCAGAUCAGAUGGUUUAAGGAGACUGACUGUGUUUGUGUCUACAAGAACACACAAAUUAUUAAUGGCAGAGGUUAUAAAGACAGAGUUAGUCUCGACACUCGUGAGCUGGAGAGAGGAAAUGUGUCUGUACAUGUGAAAAACUUCAGUAUUUCAGAUGUUGGAGAUUAUCACUGUCAGGUCAGCAGUGGCGGCAGAACACAACACAUUACUGUAGGAGUAAGGAUAAAAUCUGAAGUCCAGCCUGUGAGUCAAUCACCAACAACUGAAGGUCAAAGUGUUCAGCUAGUGCUGUUUCAAACUGACAAAAUAUGGACUCUGGAGGAAUCACUCAAAAUGGAUGAAUCUGUUUUAAUGGCAGAAAUGAGAGUGAACAAUGAGCAAGAGCUUUACCAAACGCUGAUCAGGGCUUACAGCGAAAGAGACCAACAACUGGAAAGAACUGAACAUGAGUUGAGAGAGACCAGAAUGGAUUUGGACAGAGUCUUAAAACUCAACCCUCAUGCUCAGUUUUUAGACAGAGACAGACAAAAUCCUUUUUAAAAGCCAGGAAAUUCUUUCAUUCAUUAAUUUUCUCAAGUCCCUUUAUUUAUCUGGGGUGGCCACAGUGGAAUGAACCACCAACUCAUCCAGCAUAUCGCACUUUGGGUCUGAGAAAAGCGCACUAUAAAUAAAUAUAUUAUUAUUAUAUGUUUUACGCAGCGGAUGCCCUUCUAGCUGCAACCCAUCACUGGGAAACAUCCAUACACACUCAUUCACACACACUACGGACAAUUUAUCCUAUUUACCCAAUUCAUCUGUACUGCAUGUAUUUGGACUUUUGAGGGAAACAAGAGCACCCGGAGGAAACCUAUGCGAAAAAGGGAAGAACAUGCAAACUCCACACAGAACUGACCCAGCCGAGGCUCGAACCAGCGACCUUCUUGCUGUGAGGCGCACAUGCUACCCACUGCGCCACCGUGCAGCCAAGCCAGGAAAUAUGCAGUCUAAUUCAUGACAUUUCUUAGAACUUAUUACAAUCAAUAUUUUUUCUUCUUUACAGUUGAAAUUACAAUAUAGCUAUAUUUUUAACUAGCCACAAUAAAGUACGGUGAUAAAUGUUAAUUCAUUUAGAAGUAUUCAUUAAUGAACUAUGGCUUAGGGUUUACUAUAAAUAUAGUAUAGAGCAGGGGUGCCCAAACUCGGUUUUAGACGGCCGGUGUCCUGCAAAGUUUAGUUCCAACUCCAAUCAGACACACCUGGGCUAGCUAAUCAAGCUAGGCUUUCUAGAAACAUCCAUGCAGGUGUGUUGAGGCAAGUUGGAGCUAAAAUCUGCAGGGCACCAGUCCUCCAGGACCGAAUUUGGGCACCCCUAUAGUAUAGAGCAUACAGUAGGUCUGAAAGUAGAUUUUUUGGGCCGCAGCUCUGCACAAUUUUGCUCCAACCCUAAUCAAACACAGCUGAUCCAAUUAAUCAAGGUGUUCAAGACUACUAGAGACUAUUAAGCAGGUGUGAGUUGGAGGUGGUUGGAGCUAAACUAUGCAGAGCUGUGGCCCUUCAGGAAUUGUUAGAGACCACUGGUAUAGAGUUUCUUUUCGCUUACUGAAUAUUGGAUUUGUUUUUCUAAUUGUGCUUGUCUUUCUUCA